UUGACUUUGGUAAUCGAGUGGCGGCACUGGCAGCUCAGGUGUCACCCGCAGCACUUGACCUUGCCGUGUGGGUGGCUGGAAAGGCCGCCAAGUUUGUGCGACUCAUGAAUCAUGAUGAGCAACCUGUCGAAUGUUGUUGUUUUCCUGUCGCACUCAAUAGAAACUUAGAAAUACGAGACUGUCAAAAUUUCAUGUGUACUCCAUAAUCUGUAUUCCGUAAAUGACAAAUUGAAGAGCGACCAGCCCCGCAAGAAUCAGCCUUCCCUCUCCAUAUGCCUUCCAAGAAAGCCCCCAAAGCACCCGCCAAGCUCCAGCUUAAUCAGUAUACCCGUUUUUUCGAUGCCAAGAAGUCGCUGCCGCCCGACAGGAGUGUCCUGAGGCCACCGGGCCUCUACCACCAGGAGAGCGUCUAUGUCCUGUCGACGAAGAAGUCGCCGAACAAGCGGCGUCCUGUUCGCGACAGCCAUCUGCCCAUGUGGCGUCGCACCCGCGGCGGCAACGAUACCGACCACUACAUGGUCGUUACCCAGGACUACACCCAGCAUCAGAAGGAGAAGCCGACCCUGACCGCCUCGCAGUUAGAUGCCAUCUGCUACGAUGUCAUGAAGGAGCCCCAUCAGCAGGUCCACCUGGAGGGCACCGAUAUAGUGCCCAGCAUCCGGGGUCUCCGACUGAGCAUCUGCGUGGAGAACACUCGAUUCCAGCUGGUGGCCAAGGUGACCCGCAACAUGGGCUUCCAGCACGUGCCCGAACACCGACUCUGGAACAUCCAAUGGUCGGAUUCCACGCCACAUCACGAUCUCCUGCGUGGCAUGAAGCGCUUCCAGCAAAUCAAUCACUUCCCCGGCAUGGUAGAGAUCUGCCGCAAGGAUCUGCUUUCCCGAAAUCUGAAUCGCAUGCUGAAGCUUUUUCCGGGAGACUAUCGUAUCUUUCCAAAGACCUGGCUAAUGCCAACAGAUGCCUAUGAUGUGGCUAUCUAUGCCAGCAAGCAUAAGCGCACCUUUAUCCUCAAACCCUAUUCGGCGGGACAGGGUCGUGGCAUUUGGAUAACCACCGAUCUGAGGAGCGUUGGCAAGCGUGAAAAGCUUAUAUGCCAGACCUACAUAGAAAGGCCCCUGCUCAUCGAUGGCUACAAGUUCGAUCUGCGGGUCUACACCCUGGUCACCUCUGUGGAUCCACUGAGGAUAUUCGUCUACAACGAGGGCCUGGCUCGGUUCGCCACCCACAAGUACGUGCCACCGACCCUGGGCAACAGCAGCAACGUGUACAUGCACCUGACCAACUACUGUCUGAAUCGCCGCAACUCUCAGUACAUGGUGGGGAGCAACACGGAAGUCGGCUCCAAGCGGAAGCUGAGCGCCUUCAACAAGUGGCUCGUGGAGCACAACUACGACGUGGCCGAGUUCUGGGCCAGUGUGGACGAUGCCAUCAUCAAGACGGUGAUCAGUGCUUGGCCGGUGCUGAAGCACAACUACAACGUCUGCUUUCCCAAGCACGACAAGAUUCAGGCCAGCUUCCAGUUGCUGGGCUUCGACAUUCUCGUCGACUGGAAGCUCAAGCCCUACAUUCUGGAGGUCAACCACACGCCCAGCCUGAGUGCCGACGAAUCAGUGGACAUGGAGGUGAAACGGCCCCUCAUCCGGGACACCUUGAACCUGCUGAGCACGGCUCUGGUGGACAAGGAGCAGAUCAUACGCGACGAUCGAAUCGAACACAGAGCCAGGCUGUUGAGGAACAUCUACAGCAAGCGGAUGCCCAACAGCCAACAGAUGGGCGGAGCAUCUUCGCCAGUGAGGGAGGCCGGUGGCAGUGAAGUGCGCCAGACCUGUUCCAUCGGGGCACUCACUCAGCAGAUCGCCUGGGAGGAGAGCCACCUGGGCAACUAUCGGCGCAUCAUGCCGCCGCGCGACUCCGAGAAGGUCAACUACUAUUGCAAGUUCUACGAGCAGAGCAAGCAGCCCAUGUUCGCCGACACGGUGUCCAGUCGGCGGCGCGAGGAGCUCAACCACCAGGCCAUGCAACGCCACCAGCGCGAGCAGCAGCUGCGGAUGGAGCAGCAGCAGGUUCUGGCUCAGAAGCGUUUCCGGUGGCCGGGCGAGCCGGUGGAGGUCCUCCCCGUGAAUCCCGUCAUCCAGCAGAUCAAGCGACGCCGCGAGGAGGUGGAGGCCCAGGCAAAGAAGCAUCGGGCCAUCAUCGCCCGCGAAAUCCAACGCCAGAAGGAGCAGCUACUGGCCCCCACCUGCGCUAAGGAGAGGCUCGGCAUCUGGCAGAGUCUGCGCCGCGAGAAGCGCCGGAAGUACUCGCCGAAGCGCAGCACCAGCCUCGUCAAGGGAGGCCACCGGCGGCAGAAACACCGCCAUGUCAGCCAGAGGGUCCGGCAGCAGCGGAUGCUAGAGAUAGAGGCCCAGAAGGAUGCAAAGUUCCUGGAACAGCACUCCAAGAAGAGGCGACUGGAGGGCGGGCUGAUCGCCAUCGAGCCCACAGCCAGCCAGUCGAGUGUCAAAGUCCAAAGGAGCAUCGGCAAAGGCAAGCCCAAGGCCAAAGGAUCGAGGAAGAAACGAAAGGCCAAGUCGACCAACGCCAGCCUGGAGGCCAAGUCCAAGGAGCAGAUAACCCCCAGCUCGGUGAAACUCAGCCGAGUACCAUCCUCGAAUUGGACAGCUGGGACGAUAACCGAAUCAGAAAUGGUGCAGCAUCAGAACUGGCGACGGGAGCGUGCCAGCCACAUCGCUGAAACCCAUCUCAGGGAACUGAUCUUCUCGAAGAUGUACGAAAACGGUCACUUGACCAAGAACGACAUCAAGUGCUUCCCCGAUCUUCUGUACAGCAUUCUCAGCAAUGACAGCAGUUGCUGCUCCUAGUCCUAGUCCAGGGACCACUCCUUGUUGUUACUGUCUAGCUGGCCUAGCCAACAAGGUUCGUUUGAAAUAGAAAACAACCAGGUAUUUGUAUCUUUUGUAAAAA